AUGUACCUGCCUGGCACAAUCCCCUCCCCGCUUCAGGUCUUCCACCUGCUGCUCUGUCGGUCUGUGUGGCUGCUGCCCCUGAGGCUGCAGUCGCCGCAGUACGUCAAGCUGGCGUUUGGCCAGCUGACGCCGGCCUACCUGCAGGGGCUGCUGCUCGCCAUGCCGGACGCGACGCUUCUGCAGCGACACCUGUUCGACAUCGCCCGCGUGGCGGCGCUGCUGCAGCGGGCCGCUGGCCUCCGGACUAUGCCGUCGGUGAAAGAGACGAAACGACUGUUGCCCGCGGCCGCACUGCUCGUGCGGGGCGUCCGGCCGACGCAGUGGGUCAACAUGGUGCAGGACAGCUGGGCGGAGGUGCAACACAAGACCACCACCGAGGCAAAGGCCGCCGUGCUUGAGACGCUGCACCAAUGGCCGCUCUUCGGCUCGGCCUUCUUCGUGGUGGGCGGCGCGAUCGAGGCCGGCGCGCCGUCCGAUCUGCUGCUGGCCGUCAACAGACGUGGCCUGCACCUGCUGCACCCCGUCACCCACGAGAGCUUGGCCACGCACCCGUUCUCGGCCGUUCUGUCUGCGCGGCGAGUGCGUUCGGAGGAAGGCGUCCAGCUGCUGGAGGUCCGGCACGGUCCCGCUGAUCGAUCCGCCGUCAUCCAGCUGCGGACGGAGCGCGCCGCCGAGGCCGCCCGCCUCAUCCGCCGCUACAGCGCCCUCCAGCGGCGGCUGUCCGAGUCGGACAACAGGCGUCGCCAGCUGUCGCGGUAGCCGGCUGGGGACGGACGCUGACGCCAGGCAGCGUCAGCUGUCGCGGUAGCCGGCUGGGGACGGACGCUGACGCCAGGUGGUGUCAGCUGUCGCGGUGGCCGGCUGGGGACGGACGCUGACACCAGGCGUCGCCAGCUGUCGCGGUAGCCGGCUGGGGACGGACGCUGACGCCAGGCAGCGUCAGCUGUCGCGGUGGCCGGCUGGGGACGGACGUUGACACCAGGCGGCGCCAGCUGUCGCGAUAGCCGGCUGGGGGCGGACUCUAAUACCAGGUGACGCCAGCUGUCGCGGUGGCCUGCCGGGAUUCGGUUGACACGCUAUGGUGAGGCUGGGUAGCCAGUAAACGGACUCGGCAUCGCCAGCCGCUGCGGAAGGCAGGGGUUUGAAUUGUUGGAGGUUGGGUGAGUCUAGUGUAACCUUUUCUGUGUCGGUACGUAACUGAGUGUUGAGGAACCCUGUCUGCGCACAUCUGUGACGGAGACGGAGUGUUGAGGGACAGCAUCACAGUUGAAAGGAUUGGUCGCAUCAAAAAGUCUACAUUGUGUGGCAAAACAAGGUAAACAAUUAAAUUGCUGGUGUCACAACAGCCCGAACAGACGCAAGACCAGAGAAAUAGUGACACUAGCCACGCGGCGCACUUUGGAACACCGCAGGCGAUUCGGGAGCCAAUCCUCCCCUAGAUAAGCACGGUAAUGUAAGAUGGCGAAUCAAACUAACCUGAAUGCGGGGCAUUGCUGCAUUUCCAGCGCUGCUUUUAAUGAUGUUCAUAAUGUUGAAACAGACGCAAGACCAGAUAAAUAAGGACACUUGCCAUGCGACGCACUUUGGAACGCUGCGGGCGAUUCGGGAGUAGAUCCCCCCCCCCCCCUGGAUAAGCACGAUGAUGUAAGAUGGCAAAUCAAGUUGACUUGAUUGCGGUGUCAAUGCCUUAUCUCCAGGAAGAGGAAGCGAAGCGUGCGGUGCGGUGGGCAUGAACGUAUCGGUAGUUAAGUGGUAAGUGCUGCUGUUCACGAUGCUAACAUAUUUGUGCAAUCUGUCAGUAGGACAUCGCUAUUUUAUAAGCACUUUAACUGUGGUGGUCAGGGCAUGUCAGUGUCGGCAUCCCUAAUGUCAGUGCCACCAAAAAGGCAAACGUUGCCUUAGCAUCUGGCUCGCUCAAUGGCUUGGAAUCCGGCGAGGGGUUCUCCGCUCGGGUCCCAGCGUCCCCCCUCCACUUUUUGAGUUGUUAUUAGACGUAACGUGACGCAUGAGAGAAAACGAACCCAAUAGAAUCUUGUAGGUCUCCCUCCCUCCCACCGCAACUUGAACUGUAGUACCGCCGCUCUGGCCGAUGUCCAUGUUGGUCAAAUCCGUGCGGCUUGUGUUAUGCUUGUUUAUGUUUUUUAUUUUUCUCAAGCGUUGUGGGCAGCUCUGAGGAAUAGCGGCCAGCGCGCCUCUGCAUGUGUAACUCGAAUAAACCAUAUGAACUUUGCA